UUGUGAAAAUCCGCUCAUAUAUUCCCAAGAUAUUUGUUCCACCAUAUGUCGUCGAUUCAUUUUCCUCCUUAAUUGUCACUUAACAUUUGCUCAACCCUGAAGCAAGAUCUCUGGCGAUUAUCUGCCCUCAGACCAAAUCGACGUGAUGGGGCGCGAUAGAAUAAGCGAAUUGCCGGAUGGUUUGCUAAAUCAUAUACUCAUGUACCUUCACAUAGAAGAAUCUAUUAGGACAAGCGUUUUAUCUAGCAGAUGGAGAGACAUCUGGCUUAAGGUACCUGGGCUUGACCUAAAUUUAUUUGACUUCCCUGCUCAUGGAGUAUUAUUUGGGAGCUUGAUGGACAAGUUUCUUGAGGUUAACAGCGGACGCCUACAAAAGUUCAAGUUAAAGUAUGAAAAUGAACCAUAUUAUUAUUAUUAUCUAAGCGACAGAUUUGUGCCGUGGAUCGCUACAGUUGUUGAUCGCGGUAUUCAGCAUCUAGAUGUUACGACCACGAAUAAUGCUCCAAUGACCAUUGAUUUUAUGCCUUCCAACAUUUUCAAGAGCAAGACGUUGGUGUCUUUAAAACUCGUAAAUGUAGGGCUUGACAAUCCAAAGUUUGUUGUGUCUUUACCUUGUCUCAAGAUCAUGCAUCUUGAAGACAUUUUUUAUAGUCCUUUGAUUGUGGAGAAGCUCCUCUCAAGCUGUCCUGUUCUUGAAGAUCUUACCAUUGUAAGAAACCAUGAAGAUUUUUUCAACUUUCUGCUUGUGAGGUCUCAAACUUUGAAGACCUUCCGUUUAACAUUUGAUUGGGAAAUGGGUAGUACAGAUUUUUCGGUCGAGAUUGAUGCUCCAGGACUUAAGUACAUGAGCUUUAGAGAUAGUCAAUCUGAUAGAAUCGUUGUAAAGAAUUUGAGCUCCUUGGUCAAGAUAGACCUUGAUACUGAAUUUAAUCUCAAGUUUGGCCUCGGCAGUCCUUUGGAACCGGAGGACUUGACCAAGAGAGAUAUUAUCCGAGAUUUUCUUACCGGUAUUUCAAGUGUAAAACAUAUGAUCAUCUCCCAUCCUACUCUGGAGGUGCUUUAUCGAUAUUCCAAACUCGGACCGCUUCCAAAAUUCCAUAACUUAUAUCAUUUGCGGGCUGCGUUCUCCAGCUUAUUGUUACCACUAUUGUCCGACUUCCUUGAAAUCUGCCCAAAUCUUAAAAACCUCAUCUUGGACUAUUCUGUUUCAGCGGAGCCAGAGCAAAUCGACUUUACAAAUGUGCCUCAGUGUUUAAUAUUGACGUUGGAAUAUGUUGAGAUUAAAGAACUUACUAUGAGGGAGGAAACUGGGAUUAAAUUGGUGAACUACUUUCUUGAGAAUUCAGCAGUCCUAAAGAAACUGACUCUAAGUUUCAUAGAUUCUCCCAUGACCAACCAAGAGUCAGAGAUCUACAUGCAGCUUCUUACCUCCACAAAACGAUCUCGUGGGUGUCAAGUUUUGAUCUUAUAAUAUGCUUAAAGGUCAAAUUAUUCAACUUUUCUUGCUUUAAUCUCGGUUUAUCUAUUCUUAUGAAAGUUGCAUUUAUAGACAAGGUGUUUUACUAUUUUAGGUUUAACUUGGGAAUUAAAAUCUCGGGUGAUAAUAUUGUCUUUUUGAUCAUUUUUCUUUUUGGAUUCUUCAAUUAUGGAAUAUUCAUAUGGUUAAAAGCCAAUUAAUAUAUGCAUUUGAUUGUUUUGGAUAGUCAUCGAACUUCUUUGCU